CAAGCGCAUGCGCUGUACAGAAAGCUGGUAUCCACUUUGUUCCUUUAUUUUCCGACAAGCGGAGGUCUUACUAUGUAAAUUGAAUGUAACGUAUUCUCCUCGUAUUUUUUUUACACAUAUAUUAUACGUUACAUCCCUAAUAGAUUUUUGCCAGCGAGGUUUGUGUUUGAAAUCAGAGAUGAACUGCUUUGACGAUGACGAUGGAUCUUCAUCGAGUGAAGAUGCAGAUUACCUGCCAUCAGAUGAUAAUCUGAGUGAGGAUGAUAUUGAUGAGUGUGAAAAGGAAGACCUUUUGGAUGAAAGCGAUGUGCCUCAUCCUGACAGUUCGACCAGGAAGCGCACCAAGAAAAGGGACAGCAGUAUGAGAAGCUACAAGAACAGGACGAAACGAGUACACAAAGUAGACCAAGAAGAGAAUGGCGGUGGUGCAAAAGAGGCUGAGCCCCGACAGGAAGGUGUGCAAAAACUGACCCAAAUAAAGAAGAACGAGGAAGAUACGCAGAAGAAGCAAUCAGAUGACCUCUGGGCUCGUUUCCUGUUUGAUGUUGGCUCUAGACCCAAUGCAGCCACAUCUGCUGCAGAGUCUCACACCCCGCCUGAGGCUGAUUCUUCAGCUUCUAGUGCUUGUAUAACAACUGAAACCCAGGCAACAGAUCCAUCUACAGUCACCAUCAUCAAAGUUUUUGACUUUGCCGGAGAAGAAAUCAGGCUCAAUAAAGAAGUAUUAGCAGACUCCAGAGAAGCAAAGAUGCAUCUGAAGAGCCAGUGCACAAAAGAGGAGACAAAAGACAAAGAAAAUCCCACUUCUCCCACCCAAUCAGACUGUCCUGGCCCCAGUACAAAGCAGCCCGUGGGGCUGUCCAGCGUACUGAGUCGUUUUGGGGGAAAGAAACAAAAAUUGAGUACACUGGAGAAGUCAAAGAUGGACUGGGAUGCUUUUAAAUCUGAGGAGGGCAUCACUGAGGAGCUGGCAAUCCACAACAGGGGCAGAGAUGGGUAUGUGGAGAGGAAGAACUUCUUGGAACGUGUUGAUCAUAGACAGUUUGAGAUGGAGAAAGCAGUGCGUCUAAAAAACAUGAAACCUUCCUCCUAGCCACAUGGCUGCCAUUUCCUUAGUAACUUUACUGUUUCUGAAGCUCGAGUCUUUUUCAUUAUGGGAGUGUUAUUAGUCUGUACUGCAGUCUUUAAAGAAAGUGAACGCCAUUUGAUUUUUUUUGGCAGUGGAUGUAAAGAAGCCAUGAGAAUCUGCUUAAAUGGAAGGAGAAACGGCCCUAAUCCCUAAUCAUGUUCUAUUUUCUUCCGGUUAUGAAUUUUAGUCUCUCAGUGGUCAUCACUAUGUCUUUCACUGCACCCUCCACCUCCCUACACUUUUGUUGUGUUCUUCUUGGUUUUAAGUCAUGCCUCAAAGUUUGUAUGGCUUGCAGCUAAUUGUGAGUGGUUAAUGUUAGCGAUGUUCCAUAUUGAUUUACCAAUUUUGUCCAGCACUUCAUUACCGAUAUCAAUAAUAGCAGCAGCUCUUCCUGUAAACUAAUGUCAGGCCACAUCUUGUGUAAUGAAUGAACACAUUAUGUUUCUUUCACUGUGAUGCCAUUGGGUGCAUUCCACAAAUACACACAGUUUGUGCAAAAUAAAACAAAUACUGCAAUAUAAUUUAUAGAACAAGUACCUUUUUUUUUCCCAACAUUUUGUCUCAACACAAUAGUCAUCAAAAAAUCAUCACCCACAGUCAACUAAAAUAAAAUGUUAUACCAAGUAAGACAGGUUAGACUUAAUACAUCCACAAAUAAGAAUCAAGUUAAAUAAUGCUGGCAAUGACACAGUAAAGUGCGAAGUAUGAAACUUCGGGCUCAUUCAGCAUGUCUCGUUGUUAUUUUUGCUGCAUGAAUGCGAGCUGUGGUCGAGUUCUUCCUGAGGUGUGUGACAUUAGAAGUAUGAAAGGAAGUCGCUAUACUCGCACCUCAGUGUGCAAAUUGCAUAUUUACAGUCCGAAGGCCAAACUUGGAAAUGAUUUCAGACUGUGGACACACUGAACUUGCAAGCUUUUGCUGUGUGGAGCACGACGUCAUCAGUUGCACACCAAUAUCAUUAUUGGUGAUACCGACAUGAACUGAUAUAAAAUUUUUAUGCCAAUAUUGUCCGAUAAUUUCGGUGAUGUCCAAUGUGAAGACCGCUGUUUAUUUCUGCUGUUUAACUGUGAGAAUCCAUGUUUUUAACCCUUUUCAUUGAUAGGUAGAGUGGAUCGUUAUAAUACAUACAUAUUCAUUGUCUACCUACACAAAUCAGUACUUGACAUUCCAUGAUACUCACUUCUACCCACUCGUACAUGGCCAAGUGUUGACCACCUUUUCUGUGGUCACAGUUCCCAGUCCAGACAAGUACUUAUGAUUACUUCUGACAAGCACUAGGAUGGGAAGUAUUUCUUUAAAUGCGGUUUGUUGGUUAGCAUUUCUACAAAACUUUCUGGAGCAGUAGCGAAGGAAAAACUAUUACUUUGUUUUACAAUCCCAGAAUGUCUUCCAUCUCAUCCGAAUGUUGACUCGUUUUCAAUGAAGCCUGCAAUCUGUCCUUGAUGUGCCACACUAGGGUUUUUGUUAUUGGACUUGCUGACAAUA